AUGGCUGUGGCACCAGGAGAUGAAAAGGGGUUGACCAUGGUUGACCUAUUUGGUGGAAGGAAGUCCUUAGCAGCCAUGGGCUCGGCCACGCUGCGGUCGUUGGGCGUGCAGAAACCUUGGCGUGUGCUGCUGCUGGGCGUGGGCCUGGGUGCGCUGCCCGGGUGGUUUCGGAAGGCUCAGGCCAAGGUGACGGCCAUCGAUUUGGAUCCCGUGGUGCUGCGUGCGGCACAGGUCGUGGGACAAAUGCCCGGGGCGGUCCAGGGACUUGAAGCGUGCCUUAAGGAUGCCGAAGCUGACACUGAUGCCUUGCGGGUGUAUUGCUGUGAUGGUGUUGAGCCACUGGGUGGCAGCCGCAACUUGCGGGUGACGAGGUUCGUCAAGGCUGCAUCGAACGAAGUCCGCUACGACCUGCUGGUCAUGGACGUCUUCGAUGGACAAGGCGAGACUCCGGAGGCCUUCUUGACCGAGGACUUUGGUCAAGCUUGUGCUUCUGUCGCCACUUGCUGCGUGGUGAACCUUACAUGCCCAGUGCCUAUGUGGGAGGAUGCUCAUCAUUUCAACGCGCCAUCCGCUGGGAAGCUGGCCGAUGCAUUCCAGCUGGGCUUUCAAUCGAAGGCGUGGAGCGUCCGGGUGGCCGAGGGGCAAAACCUCAUCCUUUGCGCCACCCGCUACGGCGCGCCGCCGGAGCUUUACUUGGCCAACGCGGCGGAGGAGUUGGCCUCGGAGGGCCUCUUCGCCUUCGACCCGGUGCGCCGCGUGGGCUUCCGGCGCCAGGAGUGGUGA